AUUCAUAUAAUAAUAAUUAAGAUAUAAUAAAUUAAAAAUAAAUUAUUUAAUGUUAAAUAAAUUAAAAAAUCUAAAUUUUAUUUUAAAAGUUUAUUUUUAAUAUUCAAUAUUAAUAAAAAUAAAUAUGUAACAUUGAUUGUAUAAUAUAUUAAAUUAUAAAAAAAUGUUUAUAUCAUAUUUUUUUUAUAAAAUAUAUAUAAAAAAAUUAUAUUUAUUUAAUAUAUUUAAUAUUUAUAUUAUAAUUAUAUUUUUAAUAUAAAGAACAUGAAAAAGUACGAAAGUAGGUUUUUUAAUUUGGCAACACUUGUUUGGCUUGUGAACAAUUCGUGAUAUUCGAGAAAACACGAAGUAGUAAGUAACUGAUUGCGCGGGUAGACGGUUAGUGCGUAGGAUUUGUAGAGUGUAAUACAAAGAAAAAUGGCGAUGGCAACAACUCAAGUUAAAGGAAGCGGAUGGCCAAGGAGAGCCAGUAACAGUUCGUUCGAAGGAAAAGUUGUACAGAACCAGUCUGUAACUAUCAACAGGACAGUUAACUUAUAUCCUUUGACAAACUAUACAUUUGGAACAAAAGAGCCACUCUUCGAGAAAGAUCCAUCUGUACCAGCAAGGUUUCAACGUAUGCGAGAUGAAUUCGAUAAAAUUGGAAUGCGUCGCAGUGUUGAAGGGGUUUUAUUGGUACAUGAACAUGGAUUACCACAUGUUCUCCUGCUCCAAUUGGGAACAACUUUCUUCAAAUUACCUGGUGGAGAACUAAAUGCAGGAGAAGACGAGGUAGAGGGCCUGAAACGGCUCCUUACAGAGACCUUUGGGCGUCAAGAUGGUGUUAAACAGGAAUGGGUGAUAGAAGAUACCAUUGGAAAUUGGUGGAGACCUAAUUUUGAACCACCUCAGUAUCCUUAUGUACCACCACAUAUUACCAAGCCGAAGGAACAUAAAAGGUUGUUUCUUGUUCAACUGCAAGAGAAAGCUCUAUUUGCAGUACCAAAAAAUUAUAAAUUAGUAGCUGCACCUUUGUUUGAAUUGUAUGAUAAUUCACAAGGAUAUGGACCUAUUAUUUCCUCCCUACCCCAAUCUCUUUGCAGAUUUAAUUUUAUCUAUAUGUGAAAGAAGAAAUAAGUGAGAAAGUAAUUUUAUUUAAGUUAACAGAAAUUAACUAUUAUAAAUACAGUAUGUAUGAGAUGAUGAGUGAAACUGCAAAAAACCCUGUGUUCUAUGUAUAAUAUAAUAUGCACUAAAAAUUAAAUCAUUUUUUAAGUAGUACUUAUAUAA